AUGUCGAAAAUCUGGUGCUGGCAUCCGAAGAAGAGCGCUCCCGUCGAGCCAGUCGAUGAGGAGAACUAUCAAUGUUUCUUUGGACGCUUCACGGCUACGUGCGGUUUCAAAGCGUUUCUCCGUCUUUACACGGCGGUGACCGUGCUCGGCUGUGAGCCGUUCGUGGUGGCGUUGUUAGUCGGGAUGAUCUCCGGCGGCUGU